AUGGAGACCCCAAAGGUAACCAGACCGAACCCGCUCAUCUCUGUUGUGUCCCUUCGGGACCCCCGGACCAAGAACUGGGAAACCCUGGAGAAUCCGUUUUACGUUCUUGUGAUUUUGGCCUCCUACCUCUCCGUAUCCAAGUAUCUCGGCCCACGCUACAUGAAGCACAGAGAUCCCUACAAGCUCAAAGUUGCCAUCAUGAUCUACAACCUCUUUCAAGUCUUGGCCAACAUGUACUUUCUCUCUCAGAUCAUCUACCACUCGUUCUACGCGGCGGGUUACAGCGUCUUCUGCCAGGGCCUCACGUACAGCACGGACCCACACGCCAUCAGCCUUCUGAACGCGCUCUACUGGUACCUCUUGGUACGCGUAGCCGACUUGCUGGAUACGAUAUUCUUUGUGAUGAGGAAGAAGUUCACGCACGUCACAAUCCUGCACGUCUUGCAUCACAGCCUGGUCGUGCUCGGCGGUUGGAUGUUCCUGCAGUUCGGCGGUGACGGGCAAACCUUGUUCGGCGUCUGCCUCAACUCUUUUCUCCACAUCCUAAUGUACACGUACUACUUCUUGGCCUGCCUAGGACCCUCAGUGGAGAAGUACCUCUGGUGGAAGAGGUACCUGACCAGGCUGCAGAUUGUCCAGUUCGUCGUCAUCAUAGCUCACGCGUCGAUACCCAUGUUUGUGGACUGCGGUUACCCACGGGUCCUCCUCUACAUCGCUAUACCUCAGGUGAUUCUCAUCCUGGGACUCUUCGUCAACUUCUACGUGCAAUCGUACAUCAAAAGGCAAAAUGCCGGCGCAGACAAGAUGACCAAGACGUGCUUCGUGCAAGGUGGGGCACAUCUGAAAACGAUAAACGGCGGGCCAACGACGCUGACAAAAAGAAGUCCUAGACCCUCUGUGGGGAAGGGUGGUCAUCUGGGGACGUUUAGCGAUAAUGUGGUAGGGGACAAUUUAGACAAGCGGACUGCCCGUGCUAGCUGA